UAGCUCAUUUGCCGGUUUUUCCCUUCAUUUAUUUUACUCCGUUUGAUCGCUCCACUUGGCCCUCAUCUGUCAAAGCUGGAAGUUGAAGAUGAUCGGAUGAUCGAGGAAAUGCGGUGAGAUGAGAUUUGCUGAGGGCCUUUGAUAUCAGGUUUUUGGAGGGUUUAGCCAUUCGGGAGGAGGAUAAAAAGGAAAAAGAAAGAGACCAGAGGGGGGGCUUCGGAUGAAAAGAGGAAGAGGAAAUAGAGAGGGAUAGCCGGGAGCAAAACAAAAAGAGAAAGUCAGAGAGAGACGGACGAAGAGGAAGGAAGUAAAUCUGGGAAAUGGAAGAGAGUUUCUGUGAGAGCAAAACAAAGGCUGCAGAAAACAGGGCAGCCGAAGCUGCUGCACUCGCGAGGAGCCACCACCCCCCACUUCGUCGGAGGCCGCCGCCAUCGGCACAUCUUUGCCGAGGAAAUAUGUGUGGGAUGGAUAAUGGAAACGAGACUCCGGCAGCUAAUAGGAAUGGCCAUGCUAAUGGUCACGUAGAGUCUCCUAGGCCUAUUUACUAUCGAGCUCUUGGUAGAGGGGUUCGAGUGCGCUACUCGCCUUCUGAUAGAUACCCUUGCUGUUCAUGUAGGUUGAUUUUUGUCUAUCCAAACCACCUUGUGCUAGUCUUGGACGACGAGCGUCGUCAGUUGGUGAACACCAACCUAGAUUUACAGGCGAAGGUAGACGAGUUGAGACAGAUCGUUAGUGCUCAGGGAGAGAGGAUUACGGAGCUUGAGGAGGUACUGGAGAGCGAGGUGGCUACUGCUGCGGUUACUCGUGAGGAACUCCAGAGGACUAGGGCUCGACUCACUAGAUUAGGUGAGGAGGUCCGUGAUCGGGUUUCCGAGAUCCUGGCCGAUGCCACUAAGAUGAUAGAUGGGGUGAUGGAUAUUAUUCAGAGCCCAAAUCAGGAGGAGGAUCCGGAGAAGGAACUUAAGGAGGAGAUUCCCCCUAGUCAUCCUACUAUGGACUAGGUUUAGACUGAUUGACCUUUUGACUGAUAUAGUUAGGAUUAGCUGGGGUGAUACGAGUGUUGAGACCAUUAUAUUUUGCAUGACUGUGUGGCCUACUUUUGAGACACUUGAUUUUGCUUUAGUCUUACAUGACUAAAAGUACUCUUAUGGCACCCGUGUGCUA